AAAAACACGGAUGGACGGGGUGGAUUUCUCACAAACAUCACAGGUGAGCCCCACCUAGCUUCCCGUCGCAGGAACUUCCAGCGGAAGGCUUUCUCAGGAAAUCUGCGUCCCAGCCUUGCGGGGAGAGAGGAAGAGAGAAACAGAAGAAGUAGAAGAAGACGACGACGACGACGACGACGAGAAGAGAGGAAGACGAAGAAGAGGAGAAGAAAUUCCAAGGUCAUUGUAUGGGAAGAGGCCCAUCUAUGGGUUCUCCUAGUUCUUCAUCACCCGGUACGCCACCAAGUUCGCAGCCUCAAUCGCAACCAUGGAUGUCGUCAGCCCAAGGAAAAGUGCAUCAACCUUCCUUACCAUCCCCUCAAUAUAGGCCACAUUUGAGGCCACAAACGUUCCAACAGAGACCGCACCUUCCGCAACAACACCAGCAUCCCUUGCAAACCACUUCUCACCCAAUACCGGCUUCCCAACAGCAACAGCAUCUAUCGUCACAAUCACAUCAGUCCCAGGAACACUUCGGUCAACAGUACCCUCCACCAAGGGCCCAACAACCGGUGCAACAUCAACAUCAGCCUAUGCGACCUCCUGCAUUGGCGAGUCAGAAGUCUAUUUCCCCGGGGACCGUGCAACCUGGCAUGGUCCAGUCAGGGCCUACCACCAUGAUGGGUAGUACAGAUGCUGCUGAAUCCGGCAACCAGAUUUUAAGCAAGAGAAGCAUCCAUGAUUUAGUCACCCAGAAAUUCCAAGGCCAUGGUAUGGGGAGAAUCACAUCUAUGGGUUCUCCUAGUUCUCCAUCACUCGGUACGCCACCAGGUUCGCAGCCUCUUUCACAGCCAUGGAUGUCGUCAGCCCAAGGAAAAAUGCAUCAACCUUCCUUACCGUCCACUCCGUAUAGGCCACACAUGAGGCCACAAACGUUCCAACAAAGACCGCACCUUCAAUCACAUCCCUUGCCAACCACUUCUCACCCACAGCAAAUGCCUACUUCCCAACAGCAGCAACAUCAAUCACAUCAGUCCCAGGAACACUAUGGUCAGCAAUUCCCUUCACUAAGGGCCCAACAACCGGUGCAACAUCAACAUCAGCCAAUGCGACCUCCUGUAUUGGCAGGUCAGAAAUCUAUUGCCCUGGGGAGCAUGCAACCUAGCAUGGCCCAGUUGGGGCCUACCACAAUGAUGAGUAGUACAGAUGCUGCUGAAUCUGGCAACCAGAUCUUAAGCAAGAGAAGCAUCCAUGAGUUGGUCACCCAGAUCGAUCCAUCUGAGAAGUUAGAUCCUGAAGUUGAAGAUGUUCUUGUGGAGAUUGCUGAGGAUUUCGUCGAAUCUAUAACAACAGUGGCUUGUUCUUUGGCCAAGCACCGCAAAUCAACCACUUUGGAAGCGAAGGACAUUCUAUUACAUUUAGAGAGAAACUGGAAUAUGACACUACCUGGUUUUAGUGGAGAUGAGAUUAAAAGCUGCAAGAAGCCGUUCAUGAAUGAUAUCCACAAGGAGCGGCUUGCAGCGAUGAAUUAGUCAUUGGGCGGAUGAACCUGGGAACUUGAAGAUUAUGGCCAAGAGGAUGACAUCUUGAAAUUUCUCCCUUUAGUCAUAUUAUUUUGUGAGAUGAACAAAAUAGGGGAUGAUCAUGUUGGAGUGGUCCAGAUCUUUGUACCAUCCCCAUAUAUUGUUUUACGUCUCUCCUUUUUUCCUUCUGAAAAAGGGUAUUUUUCCUUUUUUAGGUUUGCACAAAGUAGAAACCAUGUGUACAUUGGCAUUUGUUUCUUCUAUUGUUGUAUGAACUUGUAAUUUAUUAAAAGAAUGGGCUAUCUGCCUUUGCACAAGCGCAUUUUCAUGCAUACAUAUGCAUGUCACUAUUAGCAGAGGAUUUAUUUAGUCCUACUCAUUAGCAAUUGUACAGUUGGCUGACGUGUAGGAUUUCGUACCUGUGGUGAUCCAAACUGCUGAUCUGAUGAUGGGGGAUGCCUAGAAUAUCUUCCAGGUAGAGCUGGGCAUCAAGUCGAGUCGGACCGAGUUAGGGCUGACCUGACUCGAUCUAGUUUUGAAAAAGGCCUGACCCGAACUCAAUCCGACUUGGUGUCGAGUCCAGCAUGCCUGACUCGAUCCGAGUUCGGGUCUGGCCUAAUCCGAACUGAGUCCGAUCCGGUCAGAAAUACCGAGUUGGCACUGAGUUGGAUCAGCCCAGGCCGCUCCAUU